AUGUUUGUUCAAUUGACCGUCUUUGGAAUAUUGUUGUGUCAAAAUUUGGUUCAAUCAUAUCCAUCAAAUGAUCCAAGAUGUUUGAACUAUUGUUCGAAUGAGAAUGGAAUUUGUUUAAUUGAAAAUGAUCAACCAAUAUGUUAUUGUUUACCUGAAUGGGAAGGUGAACAUUGUAAUUUAAUUCGAAAAUCAAAUGAAAAAGUUCCAUUGAUGAGUCGAAUCAUGACAAGAAAUACACCGUGUACUUUUGUUCCUGAUUUAUGUAAAAAUGCUGGUGUAUGUUAUCUAGAUGAAACUACAAAGAAAUUAGCGUGUAAAUGUCCAUAUCCAUUUGACGGAACACGUUGUGGAGAAUAUUCAGUCUGUUUUAACUAUUGUUACAAUAGUGGUGUUUGUACAGUUGAGGGUGAUGGACUAAGCAAAGAACCCAAAUGUGAUUGUAAAGGAACAGGUUAUGAAGGAUCUCGUUGUCAACAACAAGAAACAACAACAGCACCACCGACAACAACAACAACAACAAUAACAACAACUACAGGUUCAACAACAACUGAUAUUAUUUGUUCUUAUUUACCUGAUGGUUAUUGUAAUUCGGGAUCAUGUGUUGUUGAAAAUAAUCGAGCACGUUGUCAAUGUCCAUCAACACAUACCGGUGAUCAAUGUGAAAAUGCUGUUGGAGGAACAGUUGUUCCUGGUCAAACAAAUCCAACAGUUAAUCCUCCUCAAUCAACUGCAACAUUAUUUCCUGGUCAAACAAAUCCUCCAAUAAAUCCGGGACAAUCAUCAACUUCUCCUCCAGCUGGAAUCACUUGUGCCCAGAAUCCGUGUCGAAACAAUCGUCCAUGUUAUAAUAAUGGAAAUUCGUAUUUCUGUUAUUGUGGAUCACAAUUCUCUGGCACAAAUUGUGAAACUCUUCAAGGAUAA